AUGGCUCCGACGCUGAGAAUUAGGGGCAAUGCGCAAGCCUCGAAGACUGUUGCUAGUACUGGAGAUAAGAGAAAACGAGGUGGAGCUUCAGCUACACAUGCGGAUCCGGCGCCAAAGAAACGGAAAGGGAAGAAGACAGCGGAUACUCUACGAACGAGAGAAGUAUCGCAUCUCCAAGAACCUCAGACAGCGGAUGCUGUUUCCGACAAACGAACAGCUUGCCAGAAAGCUGCUGAAGACGAGGCAAAAACCAAAGAGUUCCGCAUCAAGUUCUAUCCGGAAUUCUACCCACCGCAUCCAGGAGAUGUCCCUGAAGAACAUCAGAUAAAGUUCAAGCAUAUUCAGCAACUGGGCAAGAUGAGCUACGAGUCGUAUGCGAUACAACCUCGACCUGACACCAUCGACAAGCCAUGGGAGCUCGAGAACAAGAGGCGGGCUAAGCAGAUGAUCUACUGGGCUGUUCGAUCGAGGGAUGAUUACCAGAACGAGGAUAGCUGGAGAAUGGAACUUGAGCCCUACGUCUUUAAACGGUUUAAGAUCGAGGUUGGAUGUUUGAGUACAGGACUGACCGAUAUCUUCACUUAUCGUAUUGGCGAGCGAAGCCUCAUCCAGAACGACCCGGAGAAUCGUCAUCGAAUUAAGGAGCAGCCUGAUCGAGUCUACGGACUAAGGACUACCGAAGCCAUGGCGGAGAGUUUGCAGCAACUACACAUUUCCCACUUGGGAGAGAACACUGCACUCAAAUAUCUGUCUAAGAGACUAACUAUGAGCUGCAAUCCAGACGGUGGUGACCAACCCUGCAUAUACCCUUUCCUAGCGAUGGAAGCCAAGAGCCACAAAGGCGAUGGCAAUUGGAAAGACAUCGAGACGCAAACAGCAAUACCGAUACGAAACCAUCUGCACCUACAGCUGCAACUCCAAGAUGACCCGGACAACAAGAUGAAGGUACCUGGAGGCCCGCUAUCUUGGUUUCUAGCGUACAGGGGAGAAGAAUGGAAGGUAUACGGAUGUUACGUCACAAAGUCUAGUCCAGACAGUCUGCCUUCUUACAAAGUCAUCCUUCUAUGGGAGGGGAGCAUCACCCGCCACGAUGCAGCGCUCCAAUUGGUUCUCAUCAUGGACUACAUCGUUGAUUGGGCGCGUGAUAUCUACCGGCCCAACAUCAUUCGACAACUGAAGUCUGUAGUAGAUAAAGGGCAGCAGUCUUCCUACACAGUCACCGCUGACCCCAACAUCCUCUCAAGGACUGGUUACGCCAACUCUCGGAUUGGCGAUGGACCUUUCGCUGCCAUUAGCAGAGCUGAAACCACUGAGGUGCUUGCGAAACCAGCCUUCGAUGCAAUAAACUCCACUAUUGUGCCUUCUUUCGAACCCCUCUUUAAGAGCACUGGAAAUCAUAUCGAUAUUAGGGUCUGGGACAGCGCCAAGUACGAGUCACGAGUACGAGGACUGUAUAUCACUGAAACCGAUGAUGAUGCUAAGAAAAACUUCAUGGGCGCGGGCUGGGAAAGAUUGAGAACGGUUCAUGCGAGCCGCUGUUGGUUCUUUCUAUCAAGCGCCCAGGGACUCAAGAUCAUCGAACAGGCAUGGACCGGCCUCCAAGACACCAAGGACGUCCAAGACACCACGGACGUCCAAGACACCACGGACGUCCAAAAUCUUCAGCGGCCAAAGAUCUUGGUUUCGCUUUAUGUGCGAUACCGCAAGGACAGUGACGGUGCACCUAUUCGAGAAUUGACGUAUAUCGCGCUCACUGAGUCAAUCGCCCAGGGCUUGUGGAGACUGGAAGACGUAUUAGCGCGGAAAGAGCUAGUUGUUGAAGCAGACGUACUUGACUUCAAGCUGCGUGAAGCCUGGGCUUCAAGCCCCGAGAGCUACUUUCGACGUUACGCCAGCGACCAGACCAACGUGCUUUGUGUCACCGCAUCUGAACAAGAGAAACUGGAUGGUCGUGUCGCCCUCAGCUUCCACAGCGACAGCGAAGUCACGCCAUGGGCAAGACGUCUGGAUACUUUCAUCAAGCGCACUUGUGAGAAUCCACGAGCGGUGCUUCACAAAGCUUACGCACCAUGUUACCGAUUCACAACGGCCUAUCAUUCGCUUUCGGUGAAGCCCUAUUGUGUCUCAGACCCUACCCAAGACUGUGUUUUCAUAAACACAGCAGCGAUCGUAAACACGGCAGGGAAGCCCUCUGGAAUAUGCGCCUACGUCACGAAUCCAGCAUCUGAAGAGGUCGACGCUACAUGGGUAAUCCGACAUCUCGUGCAGAUGGUAAUGGUCUUUUGGGACAGCAGACGACGAGAGGAAGCUCCAGGAACCACCUUUUAUAAACAACGGCAAGAGAGAGAGAGAACCUUCCAUAGGGGAUUAAGAGAUCCUGACAAUGAUAUCCUACUCUGGAUUGUGUCAGAUCCUCAAUGGGAUCUGUACGCUGCGAUCAAGCCUGCUUUGACAAUGCCUGGUAUGGACAAAGUCCACGAACGUCUGGCAUGGUUCCGCAAAGUGUUGCUCAGACACAAAUGUGGAAAAGCAGCUGCCGCAACACCUAACUUCCAGAAGUGGCACAUCUUUGACCAAGACCGGUGGGUUUCUUUUGCCAGCGACGAAGCCACUCAGCUUGGCAUCAAACACCAGUGGGCGGGCUCAUUCCGCCUCGUGAGCUGGAAUGUGAACGCAGAUGCACCGUUACCAAAGUCUCGUAUGUCCGCACUACUGCAGGCUAUCAAAACCACCGGAGCAGCAGACAUUGUCUUGUUGCAAGAGGUAUCACGGGAACAGCUUAAAGCACUGCUUGAAGAUUCCUGGAUACAGCAAAACUGGUACAUCAGCGAUGUUAACGCUUCGGCUUUCGGAACCCAGAAGUUCCUCAGCAUCACAUUGGUAUCCAAGCCCUGGGUAGUCGCCGAUGGCAUCCAGUUAGGCGCUAUGUGGAGGGUCGCGUUACCGAGUCGUUUUGGACGAGACGCGCUGUGUUGCGAUCUGAUCUUUAACUCUUCGCGCAAGCAAACGUCAGGCAAAGAGCCUACACGAGUUCGCCUGAUCAACGUCCACUUGGAUUCGCUGCCAAUCAAUCCGUCGAUGAGGCCGCGUCAAGUCUCCAUCUGCGCUUCAUACCUCGGGGCUGCUGGUCGUGGGAUCGUCGCCGGCGACUUCAAUUGCAUUCUUCCGGAAGAUGACGAGCUUGUCAGUAACAACGGUCUUGCGGACGCGUGGGAAGAGCUUCAUCCAAACGAUCCCGGCCACACCUGGGGGUUGUACGGGGAACAGUCUUUCCCGCCAAACCGGUUGGACAAAGUCGCUCUGUUUAACCUCAACCCUUCAGCCAUGCGCGUCCUGCAAACGAGCGAAAUGGAAUCCUACGGCGCGGAGACGUCGGCCGACGUAGCAGAAAAGGGGUCAAAUGCGCAUUUCAGCGAUCAUUUGGGUCUUUGGUGUGACAUUAGCUGGGUAGAAGACCGACCGCGGCAGGAACGAUGA